AUGGCCCCAUAUGAAGCCUUGUAUGGACAACGAUGUCGAUCUCCAAUCCAUUGGGAGGAAGUAGGAGAAAGAAAGAUUAUAGAUCCGGCUACAAUACCAUGGGUUGAGAAAGCCUACGAGAAGGUAAAGGUGAUCCGCCAGAGACUUCAAACAACCCAAAGCCGACAGAAAAGUUAUGCCGAUCAUCGGAGAAAGGAUUUGGAAUUUGAGAUAGGGGAUAAAGUGUUUCUUCGGAUUUACCCCAUUGAAGGGAAAGAUCAGAGCAGGAAAAGGGAAAAAGUUGCAACCACGAUAUAUAGAACCUUUCAAUAUCCGACUCACAUUUUGCCACCUGAAGAUGUUGAACUUGACGAGUCCUCAACCUAUGAGGAACGACCUAUUCAAAUACUGGAUCGGAAGGUGAAGGAUCUGAGAAAUAAGCAGAUUCCUUUGGUAAAGGUUCUAUGGAAAUUAAAAGCAACAAUCGAUGAAAUAACCACAAGUGCAUUGGUUAAUGAGUUCAGUGGCUAA